AUGCUACCAAUUCUUCUGCUGCUCCUGCUGCUCAGUCAUGCUUCAGCCUGGAUUCCGGGACAUGACUUGGAGUUUGUCAAUGUGACUUCAUCAGUGGGGGAGUCAGGUAAGUGCGUUUGUCACAUUUAUCUGCCUGAAACCACCUUCCCUGCCGACCGGGUUCAGGACUUGCAGCAGGUCAGCAAGGAUCUGACCCUGGAGGUGGAAAUUCAGAUAAAUAAGAUGAUAAAUUAUCAGGGUAUUUUCGAGGUCUACUUGAAGGAACUGGUGGACCUGACUUUGAGAGUGGACAUACUGGAGAGCAGUUUUGACAAUUUCAUCAAACUGGACUUUGAGCUGCUUAGGAUUGAGCUCACAGAGUUUGAGCUUCUGGUGUCUCGGCUCAAAGAAUCCUUCAACUCCACCUCGCCCAUAUUUCACAGUCUCUACACUGAGAUCAGCAACAUGACCCUCAUCGUCAACCAACUGGAGACGUUCGACAAGAGCAACCUGGAGGUGACCCGCAUUGAGUUAGCUAAGCUGCAGAAGAAGCUGGAAGAGAUCCAGAAGGAGCAGGACUUCAUCAAACCAGAUAUUGGCAACUGUAAUCACACUGGAAUCAUGAGCAUCAGCAAGCCAAUGGUGGUCCACCUAAAUGCUAAUUUGAAUGCAGGUUUUCAAUAUGGGGGCUGGGGGAAAGAUUCCAAACCUACGAGAGGCUAUGAAUCGAUGUACUUCUACGGUGCAUACACCAGUCCCUCUGUGUAUGACUUCUAUUUGUACACCGACUAUAAAACUCUAAUUCUGAGGUCUUCAUUCAAACACUAUGAUAUACCAAGAGGGUGGGAAGGUACUGGUAACAAUUACAUUGUUCACAGUAACACCAUAUAUUACCAGCACAACUCACCUUUCAGCAUGAGCAAACUGAACCUGACCACUUCCAAAUAUGACUACAGAGUGAUCCCAGCUGCUAGUACAGCGUUCUCAUACAGUCACUCAGAUAAUCAGAACAUGGACUUUUCAGCGGAUGAAAAUGGCUUGUGGGUAAUGUAUGCCUCGGAGGAGAGCAAAGGUAAAAUUGUCCUCGCUAAAAUAGAUGAGAAAUCUUUCGGCAUCGAGAAUGAGUGGAACACAGGUGCAUUCAAAAGGACGGCUGUCAACGCCUUCAUGGCCUGUGGAGUCAUGUACGCCACCAGGUCAGUGAGUCUGAACACAGAGGAGAUCUACUACUCGUUCGACACGAAGACCAACGAGGAGAAACACCUCAGCGUCCACUUCCAGAAGUUCCAGGAGACAUACACCAACCUGCACUACAAUCCCUCAGAUCAAAAGCUGUACAUGUACAACAACGGCUUCUAUGUGUCCUACAAUGUGAGGUUUAACAAAGAAUGA